GUCAUGCAUGAUCUCUCCACAUCGCAUUCCAAAUCAACGUCGUCCAAGCGUCGAGCAGCUCUCUCUCUCUAUCUCUCUCUCUCUUCGUGUCUCUGUUUCUAUCUCUGUCUUUCUGCUUCGUGCAUGUUCUCGGUGCAUUAACGAUGACGACCGAAUUAUCACGAAUGCGAAACCGUUAAAGGAGGAGCAAGAAUAUUAACUUUUUAAAAAAGUUUCUUUUAUUUACGCACAUUUUUGCUCUCCUUGUAUCAUAGUUCUUUUUCCUUCGAGCUAUUCUUUCUUUUGAUAUAUCUCUCUGGUAGUAUCCUGAAGUGUGUUUGAAAGUGGUAAAGAAUGUAGUCAACGGAAGCGGUCUUUCUUAUCGGACGGCUUCAUCGUGCGGAAGUGGUGCACCAUCGUGCCAUACACGCAUCGAAAAAAGAUAUUCAGCCUUUCGAGCUUCUUGUCUUUCUUAUGUUCAUUUUAUUUUUCAGGCGUUUUAACAUCUUUAUUUAUUUCUUAUCUAUGUAUAUAUGAUGUAAUUCUUAUAAAUUAUUUUAGAAAUAUCUCGUAUAACAAGAAAGUCUUUUUUUUCUGAAGGACAAAAGAUAGCCUAUAAAUUUUAUCUAUGCAAUUACGACAUCGAGGCGGUCUUUCAAUUUCGCACGUAUAUGGAAUAAGUUAGAAGCUAUGUGCCUCGUAGCGAGGUGCACCAACAGUAACUGGGUCAAUGAUGCAUCUCAUUCCAAUUUCCGUGAAAGAUUCGAUCGUUUCUUAAUAAUUUAUUAAACGAUCGACCUUUCCGUCGAUUCGUAGUAGACCGUUGCCUACGAAGGAGGGGCUAUACGCGCCGAUCGUGAUUACGUUUUGACAAAGCCAUCGUGAUAUAAUGGCUCAAAGAAAGUAAUAGACUUUUACAUUAUUCACUAAUGUCCACGAGUAUGUAUAUAUACGUCGAAGACGAGAUAUAUAUCGACGAGAUCACAUAUCAGGUUCAUCGAUAGUAAUGACUUCCUUCCUUUUCUUCCUUUUGUGGAGCAUCAUCAGCGCGCUAUACACAGAUGGCUCAGACAUUCUGCCUUUGUCUAGACUUAGGAAUGCCACUAUGGCUGUCGUCGUUGACAAAGGAUUUUUCUCUGGAAAAAACGAGGAUUAUCGAAAGGCUCGCACCAUGAUCUUAGAUUCGAUCCAUGAAGUCGCGAAGAAGGAGAUACGCAUGGGUUAUAUAGUUGUACACGCAUUGCAGGAUACGAAUAUUGAUCUUCGCGAAGAUUACAUGGUACUUCUGUCGAUUGCAACAUGCGAUAAAACAUGGUAUUUAUAUGAAUUAGCACGGCAGUCUGGUAUUAUACAUCUCGCGAUAACAGAUCGUAGCUGCCCCCGUAUUCCAAUUUCUGAUGGUAUAAGCAUCCCAUUGAUUGUCCCAGGCGAGGAAUUGCCACAAAUGUUUUUGGAUCUUCGUACUGCAAACGCCUUAUCUUGGAAAAACGUUGUGAUUUUGCACGAUGACUCUUUUGAAAAAGAAAAAAUCAGUGAUAUCGUUCAAGCCGUAACGAGUAAUCUGCCGAAUAUGAUGUCAAAUAUUGCGUCGAGAUCGAUCUUUUCUUUUAAACGCUUUGCUUCUGAAUCGGUUAGGAAACAACAUAUAAAGGACGUACUUAACAGUUUUCACAUCCAACAGUUGGGCAAUUGUUUCCUCGUUAUCGUCACUGUCGAUACGAUCACAGACGUCAUGGAAGUCGCUAAAUCAUUAAAAAUGGUUCAUCCCGGUAGUCAAUGGUUGUACGUCCUCACAGACGCUGGAAGUCGGAAUUCGACGAACGUAACAUAUCUUGCAGAUUUACUGCCUGAGGGUGGAAACGUGGCUGUUAUUUACAAUAUCACUAAAUCCGAUGGUACCUGCAAUAUCGAUCUUCUUUGUCAUGUUAAUGAUUUUAUUCGAUAUUUUGUGAGUGCUAUAAAAAAUUCAUCUCAUAUCAACAAUGAAUUAUACGAGAACAUCACUGGCACGAAACAUGACAUUUUUAGAUUAACCAAGUUUCAAAUAAAUUCACACAUUCUCAAGAAUAUUAAUGCGAAAUUUUCAGGAAAGUCAAAUUUAUCUAAUAAAAAAUGUGGGAACUGUUUGUUUUGGAAAAUUUCUUCAGCCAUUACUUGGGGAAAUUAUUUCCUUCACGGGAGAAAAGCUGCUAAUCUGAUAGAAUCAAGCACUUGGAAUCCAAGACGAGGUAUUAAUCUAUCCGAUGUAAUAUUUCCUCAUAUUGCGUACGGUUUUAGAGGUAUAAGUCUGCCGAUAGUGACAUUUCAUAAUCCGCCUUGGCAAAUAGUAAAUGUGAUGAAGAAUGGCGAAGUGAGUUAUGGUGGAUUGGUCUUCGACGUGCUCAAGUAUCUGAGUAAAAAAUUAAAUUUCACAUAUGCUGUUUUUGUUCCCAAAAUUAUGAAUAACACGAAAGCCCUACGGGGUUCUACUAGGGCAUUAAAAGUUGGAGAGAGGCCACAUGGAACUCUGACAUCGGCUACGAGGAAAUUGCCGGAAGAAGUACUGGAAUUGGUUCGCACGAAGAAAGUUUUACUUGCUGCUUGCGCCUAUACAGUCAGUGAUUUUGAGAAGAGUGCUAUUAAUUUCACCAUACCUAUCUUCGUUCAGACAUACAGUUUUUUAACGUCAAGACCAACGCAACUGUCGAGAGCUUUGCUCUUUACUUCACCAUUUACUAAAGAGACGUGGGCCUGUCUGGCCGCAGCCAUUAUUAUAAUGGGUCCAAUCUUGUACCUGGUUCACAAGUACAGUCCAUCUAGUACGAAGUUGUCCGGCUUGAAUUCGUCUUGGCAGUGUGUCUGGUACGUCUAUGGUGCACUUCUUCAGCAAGGAGGAAUGUACUUGCCUAAAUCCGAUAGUGCUCGCAUACUAGUUGGUACCUGGUGGUUAAUCGUAACAGUUCUGGUAGCAACUUAUUCCGGAAGUUUAAUCGCAUUCCUAACCUUUCCGAAAAUAGACGAUCCGAUUUUAACGGUAGACGAUCUUCUCGCUCAUAAGGAUAAGUUAACUUGGGGUUUUCCGAACGGUAGCUUUCUAGAGGAAUAUUUACAAAGUUCUGAAAAUGAGCAAUAUCGUUUGCUUCUUUCUCGUUCGGAAAGGCAUAACGACACAGAAGAGGCAGAUAUCAUUAGACGAGUGAAAGAUGGCAAACAUGUCUUCAUUGAUUGGAGAAGUUCUUUGCGUACAGAAGAGUUCAUGGACGAACCGAUUGCUAUGAUCGUUCCCAAUAAUAGUCCUUACUUGCCGAUCAUAAAUAGCGAAUUGUAUCGUAUGUACGAAUCUGGUUUAAUAAAUAAAUGGAUCUCCGAAAAGAUGCCAACGAAGGAUAAGUGCUGGGUAGGUGCAAAUUCUAAUGAAAUCGUGGACAAGCGUAAAGUCAAUGUUGCUGAUAUGCAAGGAAUUUUUUUCGUACUUUUCAUGGGAAUUGUUCUAGCGAUCAUCUUUCUCUGCUUGGAGUUUUAUUGGCACAGACGAAAAGUAUCGAAACAACGCAAAUUUAUCCAACCGUUUGUAUCCUAAAUUUUUCUUAGAAGAACAUUUACGCACGACCAUUAUGAUUGUUAUAUCUUUACGUUCUUAUAAUAAUAAAAUUGAAGAAUAAAGUAGUAUUAUUCUUGUAACAAUGUUUAGAAAUGAAGUUUUAGAAAUAUCGGAUUGACGGUCUUUAUCGUUUUAUGGGUAAACGGAAACCAGGCUUGAGUAAGGUUGCUUAAGUCUAAGUUGAUUAUCCUAAGAUUUCGAGGAUCGCCGGAAAUGGUCGGCAAACGGAAAAGGUCCUGCACGCGCGUAAUAUUGUGAUAGGCAUUGCAAGUGCGAGUUAAUUAUCGCAGAGGCCCUCACUGUCGAUCCUCGAUGUAUUUAGCAACGAUUCGUGGUGGUGCCGUGCGCGCAAGGUAAAAGUCAUGAAAUUACAUAAUGCAUUUGCUGUGGAUAUCCUCUUCUGACUGUCUUUCUCGAAAACCGGGUUUUCGCAUGGCGUGUUUUUUCUACCACUUAUGCUAGAUGUACAAUCAACGAAAUUUAUAACUAUAAUUCGUAUGGU